UUAGUCAAGAAGGGGGCUUACACAGCUCAAGCGCGUGCUCUUGCUAGGGAUCUGGUGAAUGCAGGCUGCUCUCGACAAGCAGUUGGACGUGUUGUGAACCGGAUAACAGCUCUUGUAUCAAGCCCAGGAAAAGCGGCUUCCCGCACCAUCAGCAGGAGGACAGUGAGCCGUGCACUCACAGAAGGAGCUAUUGCAGCGAAAGUGCAGCUCGGGUUUGAGAUAAAACAAAGUAAAGGAUUCUCCAUCAGUAAUGACAGCACAUCUGUCCGAAAGCGUAACUUCGAAGCCCGGCACAUUGCAGUCCAAGCUCCUACCUAUUCGGAUGCCGAGAAAUCAGGUUCUCAGACUGAGAGCCAAUGGAAGAUCCGUGUUGUCUCGAUUAAGCCGUCUCUUAGCCACACAAGCGAGGCACAAGUUGCUGGAUGGAAGGAUGAGAUUAGUGAGAUCACUGCUCUUUUUAACGAAAGUCCUCUUGCACGCCGGCUUCAUCUCUCUCUAGAUCUCAAUGAGUUUCUACUGAAACUCAAGGGAAUGAACACUGAUCAUGCAAGUGAUCAAAAGAAGACAUACCGGCUCUGGCAGCAAUGGAAAGAGAAGACCAUUCGUACCUCUUAUGGCUAUGCAAAGCUCGAGAAUCUGCGUGAUGGAGCACCAAACGAGCUUGCAUCCCUUCUCAUGUUCUCAAUGGCUCGGGCUGUAGAACAAGCUGGAGGUCAGCAGAUUUGGGAUUCAAUGUCACCGGGCGCUCGAGAACCAUUUGUCACAAACAUGAUGGAACAACUUGCCUUGGAACUUGGUACAGAGAUUCACAACUCGCUUUCACCAGAGGAAAAGCGCUCGGUGGACUUGUUCUUUUGGGCUGGAUGUUCGAUGCACAAGGAGCUCAACUCUGUAAAAGGCGGGAACUCGGCGAUGAUGUUAUGGUGGGACGAGAACAAGGCUACACCUCCUAUCUUAUUAGCCAAUAAGGAUAAUGCCGCGGCGAUCAAACUAGCAGAAACAGCAAGCGCCGCAUCUGCAUCAGUCCAACGUGCUCUUGAUCUCUCAUCUAGGGGUGGGGUUAAGGCAACAAGUCUUGCAGGUGCUAUCUUUAACCAUCGAGACAAUAAGAAGGGUCAGCAAGCAGUCCACGAAAUGUACUUCUCCAAUGUAAAGGGGAUUGCUCUUAAGUUUCCUGACACAAGCAAUACUCGCUACCACUCUCACUGUGAUGCAGCUACUCGACUCUUGACGCAUUUGAAUGAUUACAUCAAGUUUCUAGAAUACAUCCGUCUCAACAAAGAUAAUUCCCAGCUCAAUCACAUGGAGGAGAACCUAGAGAACGCGCUCCAGGAUCCUCCCACUUGCACAGAACUGGCAGUACUGGUUCUUUAUUCACAGGCAGUAUCAAAACCUUAUCUAAAGCAUGUUCGAGGAUCGGGAACUGAACAACUCAAUAUGCUCACACUUGGACCGUUCCACGAAAAUCUCAAAAGUCACAUCUCAUUCCUGAUUGAGAAUCCAGGUGCUCUUAUGGAGCACGACAUCAAGAACUCAUACAUCAAAGCCACACUUGAUAAUAGGCCAUGGGAUAAUGAACAAGCAGUUAUUGCUGUUCUCACUCUGCAUCGCAAGGACAGGCUACCAAACUUAAAUGAGGUGCUAGUUGCAUUCCUGAAAGGUGCACUCGACACCUGGCACCGGUUCACCACAGAAUUUGAAUCUACCGGACUGAUAGCAACGGCAUCCGAAGAGGAGACUGACCUGGUGUUCAUACCUGCAACAAAUGACGAGAAUGAGGGACUACUUGGCGCAUGGCGACGGGCUUCUCGCGAAAAUCCAAGCCUUACCUCAGAUAACUUCUCUGACCAGGUGAUGACCCGCCGGAAUGAUACUGAAGAAUUCAUAACCACAGUUCUAGAUGAAACGGACAAGAAAUGGAUCUAUGCAAAGGCACGAGAGGUUCAGGCAAGCGGGAUAGAGGCAGGACGAAAAAAAGCGUUCAUCGAGCACGGAAAGAAGAUCGUUGAAGAAAACCGUCAAAAAGAGCUCGAGAGGAAGAGGAUUCGCGAUGAACGCACCGAAAAAUAUGGCAAGAUCCCACUGAUCCUUGAACACUCUGCCCUUGCCGUGUUGAAACGAGAGUUAUUGCGGGAUCAGUUGGAGGCUCAUCGCACA